AAAGAGGCUGACAGUGACAGAUUGGAUGAAAAGUUGAGAUAUGUAAAGUAAAUAAACUUUACUUCAUAUGCGAUAAAAAAGGAGUAGUAACAUACAAUAAUAAACAUUCGCCUUCUAUAUGUUAAACCAAGUUAGAUAAUAAUAAGUGCUUUUCUACAAUGGGGUGCUGUUACAGCUUUUUUUGCAAGGACGAGACCUCCUCACAGAUUGGAGAGCCUAAUGAAAGAACACAUUUGUUAGUAGAUCCAGUAUCAAAUAGCACAAAUAUUCACAUAACAAACAGUGAAGAUAUUUUAAGCCGAAAUUCAAAUAAUUUACCUAAGAAGACUGAUGAGCAAUCUGCACUGAACAGAAUUUUACAAGAAACUGCAACAAAUGUGAUUGAUGUAGCUGCUUUAGACUCACAUAAUUUGCAGCAACAUGAAUAUGUAGAAAGGAUGAAAAUUUAUAAUAUAAAAGUCCAACAAGUGUUAGCGAGCAAUAAACACAAAUAUAGUAAAAAGUUAAAUUCCAUACUACAAGAUAUUCCCAACCCAGAUAAGGUGCUAAACUCAGAACCAAUAAAUGCUGACGAUUUAAAUAUGAUUUCGUCAUCUGUGAAUUUGGCAGUGAAUAGCAUUAACGAUAUUAAGGUAGACCAUAAAGAAGACCUAGUGGUGCCGUUUGGACUGAAUUGUUGAAAACAUUUAGGGAUAUGAAGUACGGAUUUGUGUGCUAGGAGACUGUUGUCAAAAUUUUAUUACAUUUAAGUUAAAAAAAAUCAAUAUCAGCCUAUGAUAGCCAAUGCACUAUCUCCUAAACAUAUAUCCUGAAUCGGAUAGUACAGCAUGACUCGUUUUGAAAAUGUAUUUAAAUAACCUUUAAAUUUGAGGAAAGUAAUCUAAAGUUCUCAGAACAUUAAAAACGUUAACGUUAUACAAACUUAUGUAAUUAAGUCUAAAAAUAUAAUAGAGUGCACUGAAAGGCUUUUCUUAUUUAUUUAUUGUGCAAGAUUCCAGAUUUCAGUAUAAAACUAGUUUUCGUUAUGAUUACCAUUUAAGACUUUAUUGUCACAUAUUACUAUUGCAUAUACAUAUUUCUGAUAGACAACAAUAGUAGUUACACUACUCGCUCAUUUUAUUUGUAAAGUUUCAUGCUCCUUUUGAUUCUAAACGAACCUCUCAGAUUAUACUAUCACCACACCAGUUUGUUUUAUACUUUUUUAAGAUUCACUUAUACUUUUUUAUAAGUUUUAUGCCUUUUUGGAAGAUUAGCUCAGUGAAAAGAAAAAAAAACAAAGUUAACGAUUUGCUAAAUAAUAUUGGAUGUUUCAAAGUUGUUUUGCAUAUGUAUCAGCCAUAUAUUGUUCCUUUAUUUUAGAUCACACUAAUUUGUACUAUUUAUUAACCAGUUUAUUCUGAUAAUUUAUUGUUAAAUCGACUGGGAUUCGAAAAAAUGUCUACUUUAGAUGACCUGUUUUCUGCGUAUUACCUUUUUGUCAACAAAAAAUGGUAUAGAUUAUCUUUCAGAAACAAACUAUAAUUUUCAUUAUAAAGAGCGGUGUAUUAUGCACCAGAAAUCAUGAAUGCCUGUCUUUUCUCUAUUAAAGUAUUUCUGCAUACAUUACAACAUGUUUCUGCCUAGUUAGGCUUCAUGGAGUAGUUGUAGAUUUGGAUAGAGAAAUGCAGGGCUUUUAACAAAGCUGUUUACUUAACUGACUAGCCAUGCCACGUUGCGCCAUCUAUUUUUGAUGACAGAAAAUUGACACCACGGUGUGUCUCUUAUUUGAAAAUAUCUUUAUCUUAUUGAAACAAAUUUCUCUCUUUUGUUU